AUGAUUGUGGUGAGCAGAGAAAGGCAUCAGGCAAAGACUCCUGAGUGCUCGCAGUUAGAAGCCAUUGAGUUGGCAUGUACAGCAAUGGGCCGCGAGAGGGUGACGGCUGUCUCCGCAGGACUCUUCCCUCAGCAAAUAAGGCGGCUGCUGACGCUGACCCGAGAGCACGCGAGGCUGUCCUCCAAGUUCGGCCCGUCAGCCCGGGUUCGCUUUGCUCUCCGGAUCCCAAGUAACGGCCGACCACAACCCCGCCGGCAGCCGCGGCUUCCCCACGGCGACGCCACCGUCGCAGGCGCGCUGAUAUCCGUUGGUUCCGGCGGCCAGUUUGACGUCACUUCCGCCGCCGGCACCGCGGCGCGCGCGCCUGUAGUCCUGCGGCGGCCGGCGAUGUACCCGUGGAGCUGCGCGGACUCGGAGCAGAGGGGGACCCUCGCAGAGGGCAUCGGCGAGAAUGCGGGGCCCGCAACACGGCGGGGAGGUGGGGAGCCCGCAGCUGUCGUCGCUGUUGUGACGGAGCCUCGGUUUACCCAGCGGUACAGGGAAUACCUGGAGAAGGAGAAGCUCCUGGACAGACAGCACCGCGUGGAGAAGAUGCCGGGUGGCGCGGUGGCGCUCCCGGUGCUGGGAGAGGCGCUCCCCGAGCGGCACCUGCGGGAGCUGAGGGAGCGUGUGGCUCCGGGCAGUACCUGUGCGCUAACGCGGCUCCUGGCUCCCGGUCCUUCAAAGAAGGCCCAGGGUUGCUCACCUGCCCGAAGGCUGUGCCUUGAGGUGAGACGCUGGGUAGAGAGCCGGGGAGUGACAUGGGCAGCCGAAUUGGAGGCUGAUUUGCCCCGAUCUUGGCAACGACACGGUAACCUCUUGUUGCUGAGUGAGGACUGUUUCCAAGCCAAGCAGUGGAAAAUUCUGGAACCAGAACUCUGGAAGAUUGUUGCCUCGGCACUUGGCGUCCAGCGUUUAGCCAAACGAGGGCGGGUGUUAUCGGAUGGCACUCGAACUCCAGCAGUGACUCUACUGCGGGGCGACGAUGGCUGGGUUGAGCAUGUGGAUAAUGGGAUCCGAUAUAAGUUUGACAUAACCAGAUGCAUGUUCUCCUUUGGAAACAUCACAGAGAAGCUUCGAGUGGCAUCGCUGCCCUGUGCUGGACAAGUGCUGGUGGAUCUCUAUGCAGGGAUUGGUUAUUUUACGUUGCCCUUCCUAGUUCAUGCUGGUGCUGCCUUGGUCCAUGCCUGUGAGUGGAACCCCCAUGCUGUAGUUGCUCUGAAAAAGAACCUUGAGAUCAACGGAGUAGCAGAUCGGUGCCAAAUACACUUUGGGGAUAACAGAAAAUUGAAGCUCUCAAACAUUGCAGACCGGGUGAACCUGGGGCUGAUUCCCAGCUCUGAAGAAGGCUGGCCCAUUGCCUGCCAAGUGCUACGAAAGGAUGCUGGGGGCAUUUUGCAUAUCCACCAAAAUGUGGAAUCUUUCCCAGGGAGGAAUCUCCAGCCUUCUGGAAACAGUGAAAUAGAGAAGGAGCAUUGGCCUUCUCCUCAACAGAUUAUCAGCAGCCAGUGGGAGAAUGGAGCUACCAGGGAUUCUAGGAAAAAAGUGCUGGCAGCAGCCAUCAAGCCAGAGUGGCACAGGUGGGCAGAAUAUGCAGAAACUCGAAUUGUCACUCUUCUUCAUCAGGUGCACGGGAAACUAUGGAAGACACAAAUCUUGCACAUUCAACCAGUGAAAUCCUAUGCUCCCCAUGUGGAUCACAUAGUCCUGGAUCUGGAAUGCCGCCCCUGUCCUUUGGUUGGCUAGAGAAGGUAGAUCCUGAGACAUGAGGAUCUACGUGUGAGUGAUCCUUAAUGCAUCAGCUUAGUCUGGGUUCUCACUUCUCUUGUCUCUGGGUAAUCUAUUGUUUAUAUUAUGUGGCCCUGAAAGUAGGCUGUAGAUCCAAAUCAUUGCAUUUGUUUUCCAUUGAUCACAUUCAGAAUGAGCUACAUAUCUGGGAGAAGCAGUAUGAAAUGAGGCCCAUCUGUGCAAUCAUGAAUUCCGAAUUCUGACCUCAAUUCUGUCUGACCUCGGGUACAUGUUUUCAACAUUCUUUUGGCUUUGGAUUUCCUUAUUUGUAAAAAGAGGGCUUCUUUGAACUAUCCCACAUGGCUUUUAUUUAAUAAGCAGUUGUACACAGGGCAUUGGUUAAUUUCAGAGUGAAAGUCAGGGCUGUUUCCAAAAUCACUCUGGUUGCAAUAUGGAAAAUCAACUGGAGGGUAGCCAGGAUGGAAGCAGACCAGUGAGAAGGUUUCUAUGGUUGUCCAGGAAUGAGGUGGUGGUGGCAGUGGGAGGUGGAUGGAUUUGAGAAAUAAAAUCGAUGCUACUAAGCAAUGGAGUCCAUAUCAAGGCAUUAUGAUGGUGCUUUGUUAUCAUCACUAACAAAAUAGGGAGAGAAGAGGACAAAAGUUACUCUAGUGUAUUAACUCUAUUCCCCUACUUUGGCAUUUCUAAAUGAGUGUUGGGGGGUGAUGUCAUAAAUAUUGUGGUAGAAAAAGGGAUAAAAUGACUGCUUUAAAUAAUAUGGAAACCAGAUUUUCAGUCUCAAGC